CUAGCCACUUCCUCAUAUCGAAGUGUGAAACACAAAACCGAAGACACCCCGUCUUUACCCGACGAUGUAGGAUUUACGGAAGAGGAGUCCCAGGCGUGGCAGUAGAACUUCCGUCUUCUACGGCACAAAAUGACAGCGACUUUACGCCCCUACCUAAACGCCGUGAGGGCCACCCUGCAGGCAGCCCUCUGCCUGGAGAACUUCUCCUCUCAGGUGGUGGAGCGUCACAACAAGCCAGAGGUGGAAGUCAGAAGCAGUAAGGAGCUUUUACUUCAGCCUGUGGUGAUCAGCCGUAAUGACAAGGAGAAAGUUCUCAUUGAGGGGUCCAUCAACUCUGUCCGAGUCAGCAUUGCCGUCAAACAGGCUGAUGAGAUUGAGAAGAUCCUUUGCCACAAGUUCAUGCGUUUCAUGAUGAUGAGAGCAGAAAACUUUUUCAUUCUGAGGAGGAAACCUGUGGAGGGUUAUGACAUUAGCUUCUUGAUUACCAACUUCCACACGGAGCAGAUGUACAAACACAAGCUGGUGGACUUCGUCAUCCACUUCAUGGAGGAAAUCGACAAGGAGAUCAGCGAGAUGAAACUGUCCGUCAACGCCAGGGCCCGUAUCGUUGCUGAGGAAUUCCUUAAGAAUUUCUGAUGACAGUGUUGACCGAUGGUCCCAAACAAGCCGGCGGGACGCUCAAGGGCCAAAUUAGCACAAGAGUGGAGAACUAUAGGAGGAAAACAGCCAAUCAGAGAGGAGAUGAGACGAGAGGGAAUCGACCAAUCUGGCGAUGUCACCGUUUGCACCCGUCUGGAGCAUUUCCCUGUACUCAUGAAUAUCAAUGACUGUAUAUAAUGAAAUAUUUACCCGUUUCAUUUUUCUGCCACUUAGAACAAAUCCCCAAACAAAGGCGGGUCCUUAAAGUAUUAAUCGAGUUGAUAGCCAUGAAUACAGGGGCCGCUGAGAAUGUGUUGCUGCAAAAUGAAAAUGGCCAGGUUUUUUGUAUUUUGUGUACGUGAGUCUGUGUGUUCUGUCACCGUUGUCUCGUUCCAAAUUUAUCUUUAAAACUGUUCAGGAAACCCAGAAAGUAGUCUGUGUGCCAUUGAGUCACACAGAAAAUGAACUGUCUGCUAUGAAGCCACCAAAACCCAUGUCAGAAAAUACUGAAAGAUAAUAAAACUCACCUGUUUAUACCUUU